AUGCCCGUCUGGGGCGUCGGAUCCAUCGAAGUCGGCCCCCCCGCCGCCCCAGGCGAAUCCCGCAUCCGCCGUCUCGCAAAGACCGCCGACCGUCUCAUCUCGCAGCCGCUCGAAUCGAUCCACACGGUGCACGACAUCCUGACCUACGCCGCGCGCACACACGGGAGCCGGAACGUGUUCGGGUACCGGGAUGUGGAGAAGAUGGUGGAGGAGGAGAAGGAGGUGAAGAAGAUGGUGGGCGGGAAGGAGACGACGGAGAAGAAGGUGUGGAAGUAUUUUCAGUUGAGUGGGUAUCGGUAUGUGAGCUUUGGUGAGCUCAGGGGGACUGUGGGAGAGGUGGCGAGGGGGUUGAUUGAGCUUGGGGUGGGGAAGGGGGAGGUGUUGAAUAUAUAUGCGCAGACGAGCCCAUCAUGGCAAUACGUCUCGUACGCCUGCGCCAUGACCUCCGUCAUCUGCGCGACCGCCUACGAUACCCUCGGCGAAUCCGGCCUGACCCACUCCCUAAACGAACCUGAAUGUGUCGCCGUAUUCACGAACGCCGAGCUCCUCCCUGUCCUCUCCAAAGUCCUCCCCUCCACCCCCUCCGUCCGUCUCGUCAUCUACGACGGCACGCCCAAGCCGGACUUGCUCGCCUCCCUCCGUGCCGCCCACGGUGAGGGAAACGAAGUGAAAGUCCUCAGCCUCGACGAAGUGCGCGCGAUCGGAAAACAGCAGCCGAAAGAGUUGGAAGAGAGCAGGAUUCCAAAGGCUGAGGAUAUGGCCUGCAUCAUGUAUACCUCCGGGACGACUGGACCCCCCAAAGGCGUGAUGAUCAAGCAUUCGAACCUUGUUGCUGCCGUGGGGAGCGUGUACACCCUGUUCGGACAUCACCUCCAGAUGGACGACACCUACCUCGCGUUCCUCCCGCUCGCGCACAUCCUCGAAUACGUCGUCGAGCUCUGUUUCGUGUUCAUCGGGAUGACGCUCGGCUAUGGGAGGGUGAAGACGCUGACGGACGCGUCGGUGCGGAACUGCGUGGGCGAUAUCAAGGCGUUCAGGCCGACGAUCAUGAUUGGUGUCCCGGCCGUGUGGGAACUCAUCCGGAAGGGGAUUAUGGGCCAGGUGAACGGGGGCGGGACAUUGAAAAAGAGCGUGUUCAAUGGGGCGAUGAGCGUGAAGAGGGCGAAGGUGCCGGGCUUGACGGGGGUUGUGGAUAGCGUGGUGUUCAGCCAGAUCAAGGCGGCGACGGGGGGGAAGUUGAGACUUGCGCUUAGUGGAGGGGCGGCGUUGAGUAGGGAGACGCAGGAGUUUUUGAGUUUGGCGCUUGUUACGGUUUUGCAGGGCUACGGGAUGACCGAGUCCUGCGGUAUGUGCGCUAUCCUUCCCCCCGAAGCGAUGCAAUACGGCUCCGUGGGCCUGCCCUCUCCCUCCGUCGAGAUCAAGCUCCUCGACGUGUCCGAAGCGGGCUACUUCGCGAACCCGACGAAGCCGGGCGAGCGCCCGCGCGGGGAGGUGUUGAUCAGGGGUCCGUCGGUGACGAGCGGGUAUUACAAGAGGGACGAUCUGAAUAAUGAUGAGACGAUAUUUACGAAGGAUGGGUGGUUGAGGACGGGGGAUGUGGGGCAGUGGAAUGAGGAUGGGACGUUGAGUUUGAUUGAUCGGAUCAAGAACCUCGUCAAGCUCCAAGGCGGCGAAUACAUCGCCCUCGAACGCCUCGAAGCAACUUACAAAUCCUGCCAAUACGUCUCCAACAUCUGCGUACACGCCACCACCGACGCCAAACAACCCAUCGCCAUCAUCAUCCCGCACGAAGCGCAUCUCCGCGCCGGUCUUUCCUCCGCCUCCUCGUCCUCCGACGCCGGCCAGAUCGAGCACAAAGAUAUUGAUAUCGAGACGCUGUGCAAGGAUCGGAAGGUGCAUGAGCUGGUGUUGAAGGAGUGUAAUGCGCUCGGGAAGAAAGCGGGAUUCAAAGGGAUGGAGAUGCUUUGUGAGGUUGUACUCACGCAUGAGGAGUGGACGCCGGAGAACGGGCUGGUUACGGCGGCGCAGAAGGUGCAGAGGAAGAAGGUGGCAGAGAGGUAUGCGAAGGAGAUUAAGGAGGCGUACAAGAGUCAGUGA